AUGUUUAAUGCAUCACUGUUAUACAGAAGCGCUAAACUGAAUCAUACUUUUAUUACUUUUCUUGAUAAAUGCAAAUCAGUUUCAGAGCUCAAGCAAAUCCAUGCACUGGCAAUAGCCUUGGGCCAUUCUCAAAAGGACUCGUUUGCAUCAAGAGUUCUUUCUUUCACAGCAACCUCCGGUUUCUGUGAUGUUGACUAUGCUUAUCGGGUUUUUCUUCAACUUUCAAAUCCCACAACCUUUAAUUGGAAUACUAUCAUAAGGGUUUUCUCAAUAAGCAAAAACCCAAAUAAAGCCAUCUCAGUUUUUCUUGAGAUGUUGCGAAAUGGGGUUGAAUAUGACCAUCUAACAUUUCCUUUUGUUGUCAAGGCUUCAGCUCGGUUUUCGAAGCUCCGGCUUGGCGUAUCAAUUCAUGGCUUGAUUUUGAAAACUGGUGGGGACAUUAGUUUGGGGAGGGAAGUGUUUGAUUUGAUGCCAGAGAGAGAUGUCGUGUCAUGGAGUUCUUUGAUUGAUGGUUAUGUCAAGGAUGAUGAGCAUGCUGAGGCUUUGGCUGUUUUUGAGAAAAUGAAGGUUGCGGGCCCAAAGGCGAACGAGGUAACUAUGGUGAGCGUUUUGUGUGCUUGUGCUCAUUUAGGCGCACUUGAGCAAGGUAGGGCGAUGAAUCGGUAUAUGAAAGAGAAUGGCUUGCCGAUUACUUUGCCGUUAAGGACGUCGCUUGUGGACAUGUAUGCCAAAUGCGGGGCAAUAGAGGAAGCAUUAGUUGUCUUUCGUGGGGCUGGAACGAAGGAAACUGAUGCAUUAAUUUGGAAUGCCAUGAUUGGAGGGCUUGCAACACAUGGAUUUGUUAGAAAGUCACUUGACAUGUUUACGGAAAUGCAGAUUGCAGGGAUAUCCCCGGAUGAGAUCACAUACUUGUGCUUGUUGAGUGCUUGUGCUCAUGGAGGGUUAGUGAAUGAAGCUUGGCAUUUCUUUGAGUCUCUUAAAAAAUGUGGCAUGAUACCUAAGAGGGAGCAUUAUGCUUGCAUGGUGGAUGUUCUGGCACGCGCAGGUCAUUUAACGGAAGCAUACUAUUUCCUUUGUCAAAUGCCAAUGGAACCAACUGCUUCAAUGUUAGGUGCGUUACUCAGCGGAUGUAUGAACCACAGGAGAUUGGAUCUAGCAGAAAUAGUGGGAAAAAAGCUUAUCGAAUUGGAGCCAGAUCAUGAUGGUAGAUAUGUUGGUUUAUCAAAUGCUUAUGCAGUUGGGAAACGCUGGGAUGAAGCAAGAAUUAUGAGAGAAGCCAUGGAGAGGAGAGGGGUGAAGAAGUCACCUGGGUGUAGUUUUGUGGAGAUAUUUGGAGCCCUUCACAGAUUCAUUGCUCAUGAUAAAACUCAUCCAAAGUCAGAACAAAUUUAUUUGAUGCUAAACCUUACUGUAAGACAAAUGAAAAUUGAUGCAGAUACGGAAACACAAGAAUAUUGUUCCUAUGAUGUUAAAGAUAUGUGA